AGAAGGCGGGGUUCGAAGUCCGGAUUUUUGUCCUGUUUCUGUGCCGGUGACUAUGGCGGCUCCCCGUCCUGUCAGUUCAGAGGCGCCUUUCGAUCCGUCCCAGGCUCCAGUCAUCGAGGGCUUCAGUCCCACGGUCUACAGCAACCCAGAGAGCUUCAAGGAGAAAUUUAUUCGCAAGACCCGUGAGAACCCAAUGGUCCCCAUAGGCUGUCUGGGUACGGCGGCUGCCCUCUCCUAUGGCCUUUACUGCUUCCACCGCGGCCAGAGCCACCGCUCCCAGAUAAUGAUGCGCACCCGGAUCGCUGCCCAGGGUUUCACGGUCGUAGCCAUCUUGUUGGGGUUAGCGGCAUCUGCUAUGAAGUCUCGACCCUGAGUGUCUGGCCGGGCCUUGAGAGCUCCAUGGAAAUCAUUGUAAAACCCAGGAGCUACAAACAGUCCUGUCAGACGUAUUCCCUCCGUUUCUGACUGUACUCUGUUGUCAUCAUUUGGAUGAGGAAGUGACCGGUUUUUGUGACUGAUGUCUAUCUUCCUCUCCCCCGAAAUCCCAGGUUCACUUCAGCUGGGUUGCACACUAAAAAUCUGUGAUGCGUCCCCUUAACUACUUACUUAAUAAAGCCUUAAUACAC